AUGGAAGUUCUCAACGGGACUGAACGCAUCUCCACCGCCAACGGUGAGAUCACACUGAUUCCCACGCCGACCAACUCACCGGACGACCCACUGAAUUGGAGCACAUGGAGACGGUACUGGCAUGCGUUCCUGGUCCUGUUGAUUGUCGCGUUUACUGCGGCCACCUCGAACGAUGCGGGGACGGCUGGCAACGGCAUGAACGCCCAACUGGGGAUCAGCUGGGACCAAAUCAACGUUGCUGCCGGGGUCUUGUUUGUGGGUAUUGGGUACACCACCUUGUUACUUGGCCCUGCACCUUUCCUGUAUGGGAGACGCAUCUCGUACAUGAUUUGUCUGCUGUCGACGAUCGUUGGCUCGAUCUGGUUGGCCCGGGUGCAAUCAUCCGGGGAUAAUAUCGGAAGUCAGCUGUUCGUCGGUGCAGCCGAGUCAUGCGCCGAAGCGCUGGCCCAGUUGUCGCUCUCCGAUCUGUUCUUUCAGCACCGGAGAGGUCUCGUGCUCGGCUUGUACGUCCUGGCGACCAGUAUUGGUACUUUUACUGGUCCCUUGGUUGCCGGCUUCAUUGUUGACAGCCAAGCGCUUGGCUGGCGAUGGGUCGGUUGGCUCGCUGUGAUUAUCUCGGGCUUUUUGCUAGUCUUGUUCUACUUCGGGUUGGAGGAGACAUCCUUCGAUCGGAAGAACCCUAUCCAAGGACAUGAUGCGCCGCCAACUACCCCGGGCGAGCCAACUGACCUUCCGCUGGACGGAAAAGAAAAAGAAAUCGCCAAAGUACAGGCCACAGCCUCUACUGUACUCGACGAGGAAUGCGGUCAGCAGAAAGGGAAAACGUAUUUCCAGCGCAUCGCCCUGAUCACACCCUCGCCAACCUUGGUCGGCACUGGUUUCAAGCAAUACUGCCGUCGUCUGCUUCAUACACUGCGCGUCUUCUCCUUCCCGGCAGUCAUCUACUCGGGACUGCAGUGGGGCGCCCAGGAUGCCUGGUUGACCUUCUACCUCACCGUCGAAGAGGACAAUUGGUACGAAGCACCCUGGUUCUACACAGACGCCGCUGUGGGCAUCAUGAACGUGCCGACCCUAAUCGGCGCGCUCCUGGGCUGUAUCUACGGCGGAUGGUUCAGUGACUUCUUCGUGCUCUGGAUGGCCAAACGCAACAACGGUAUCUUCGAGGCUGAAAUGCGUCUUUGGCUUCUCCUGCCAGUGGCGUUCAUCGGCCCGACGGGUCUCAUGUUGUUUGGUAUCGGUUCAGACAAAGGCUGGAACUGGCCGUGGCCGUACGUCGGACUGGGAUUCAUCGGCUUUGGCUGGGGCUGUGCGGGUGAUCUCAGCAUGGCGUAUCUUAUGGACGCGUAUCCGGACAUGGUUUUGGAAGGUAUGGUCGGGGUGUCUGUUAUUAAUAACACCAUUGGCUGUAUCUUCACUUUCUCCGCUGGGUACUGGAUGGAUGUGCAGACCUUGGCCCAGGUCUUUGUUGCGAUCGGUGUGCUGAGCUUCUUCUUUAUUAUGACUACUAUUCCUAUGAUCUACUGGGGCAAGAGGUGUCGCCAGCUCACUCGGAAGCAAUAUGAGACUUUCCUCCGGAUCCGUGAUGGUCCCGCCUAG